GCUGCUUCUGUUGCAAGGGUGGGCCAGAGAAGGAAAACACGAUGGCGGACGCUGUCACACAGGACAAGAUGGCGGGGCCUUCCCUGCGGAAGGAGGAACCAUACUGGCAUGACUACCACACGUUUGCCAAGAUGCGAUGGCUCAACCGCCAGCUCAUCGAAGUCUUUGUCACUGAAUUUCGCGACCGAACGAGCGAGUAUUACAACUGGGCCAUUCGCAAGGGGCUGUGCAACGUAAAUGGCCGGACGGUGGACCCGCGAUACGUUGUCCAGGAUGGUGACGAGCUCUACAAUCGGGUACACAGGCACGAGCCGGCCGUGACCACGGAGCCCAUCAAGAUUCUGCACAGGGAUGAUGCCUCAGGCAGGCUCGUUAUUGUAAAACCAGGAAGCAUACCCGUCCAUGCCGCGGGGCGAUAUUACAAGCUGACGCUGCUGCACAUGAUCCGAUCGGACCUGGGCAUCGACACAGUCUACACGUCCAACCGGCUCGAUCGCCUGACCUCGGGCAUCAUGGUCUGCUCGACAAACAAGGAGUCGGCGACAAAGAUGAGCAACGACUUUGCUGUGGGCCGCGUCCGAAAGGCGUACGUCUGUCGGGUCAAGGGGCAUUUCCCAGAUGGAGAAGUCGUGUGCAAGGAGCCGCUAUUGAGGUGCGAUCGGCAAUCGGGCGUCAGUGUCGUUCACCCGCUCGGGAAGGAGAGUGAGACCAUAUUCAAUCGACUCUCGUACGAUGAGAUCUCAGACACUAGUGUCGUCUACUGUCGGCCGAUCACGGGUCGCACGCACCAGAUUCGCGUGCAUACACAGUACCUGGGUCAUGCCAUUCCCAAUGAUCCGAUCUACGCCCACCCGAUCUGGGCGCAGCAUCCUCCGACCAUUUUCAAAGAUCUCCAUCUGGAGCCGGGCCGAUGGAAGAUUGAACCGGAAAGCACACUCAAUGUCUUUGGCUGCCAGGAGCUCGAUGAUGUGGUCGCAGCCAUCAAGAUGGACAAAGACGACCGCGAAGACUGGAGUCGAUGGCGCGACGAGGUCAUGUUUGCUGGGCUCAACGAGGAGGAGGGCUUCGAAAGAGUCAAUGUUGAUGGGCCCAAUGGUGAGCCGGUCGCGAUGCAGCGUGCAAAGAGCAAGCUCGCCGAAACGGGAGGAGGAGGGACGAAGGAUGCGAUGGACAAGGGGCUUUUCUGCGAGGAAUGCAGCGUACCUCUUUUGCCGGACCCCGACCCCUCAGAACUCUACAUCUAUCUUCAUGCGAUCAAGUACGAGACAAAUGACUGGAGCUACGAGGAUGAGUUGCCCUGGUGGGCACGAGAAGACUGGCGAGAGGCAGCAAAGGAAAUCUCGUCAGAUCCAAAUGCUCCCAAAGUCGUCGAAAAACCCUCACUCAACGGUCACACGUCUACGGCGGCUCCUACAUCUACCGUUAUCGGCUUGGCAGGAAGGGCGAGGGAGGACACAUGGUCCGAGGUCGAGCUUGAUGCAUUGACCACUCUUGCUUCUGUUCCUGACGUCAAAGAAGAGCCGUCGACCAAAGUAUCUCCAUCACAAAGAAAUUUCCCCGCUGUCGUCUUUGACGUCUUUGGAGGAAUGGAAGACUUUGUGAUUCGAGAUCUUCUUCACCUCUUUCGGGCGCACACCGAUCUGAAAGAAGAAGACCUACCCGCGAUACCGCCGUCGGAAAGCACCGGCCACGUUGCGAUUCCUGCUGGACCAGCAGCUUGGGCGGCGUAUGACCUCUACAGACGCGGACUAGUCGACUGCGCAAAGAGGGCUUACCUGAAGGUAGCCGAGGGACCCAUGCCCUCGGAGAUUUUGGCAAGGCUGGGACAAGAGAGGAGAGACAUCGCAUUGACCAUGGGGAACUAUCAUCGAGCAAGAAAGGGCUGCGCCAAGAACGGGGAUGAAAAGCCGCCGCCAGCGCAGAGACCACAGGGUCCCACAGAGGCAGAACAAGACUUUAUCGACGCCUUGAAGGAGUUUUGGGAUGGCUGUGAAGCGCACAGGAAGCGAGCGCUUGAGGCCUGGACUGAGCUUAAGAGAGAAAAUCCGCGAGGUGGAAGAUUCAGAGGUUCCGCGGAUAGGACGGGAUACUUGCUCCCCACUAUGAACACCGUGGCUUUGGAGAAAGAAGUCGGCGACCUGGUAUACGAUUGGCUCAAUGGUCCGGACAACCGUGCAAGCGAUCAAGCAGACCUCCCUUGGAAGGUCGACCUGACAGAGGCCGACCUGGACAUAAAGCUCAAACUCGUCUUUGACAACAGGGCCACAACUGGGCCUAUCACCCCCAUCUGGCGGUCAAAAGCAGAGAAUCCACCUGGCACAUUUCUGCUUUUGAUCACCCUCGACUCACCCGACGUCAUCGCUAAGCACCGAAUGCCCUUGCCAAAUGAGCUCAUCCACGGAGGAACCGUUCUGGCGAGGUACCGGGCGUAUGCCAUGUGUCUUGCUCUGCCGCUCUUCAAAGCUCCUUUCAGCAGAGGUGGCGGACAAAGACUAAGACUGUGGGAGCCGUGUGUAGGGACCGGGGGUAUCGCCAUCGAGCUCGCCAACCAGUUGAGGAGGAAGGGGCUCGAAGCCGACAUCUUCGCUAGCGAUAUUGAAGCGCCAGAGAUCGAACGGGCGAAGCAGACUGCAAGGAUCGGUGGCGUCACAAAUGGUGCCAACGCGGACGAGUCUGUCAAGUUGCAUCUGGAAGUGGUCGAUGCAGCUGAGCCAGACGCCGUCAAACGUUUCGUGGGAAGAGAAGAGGUCGACGGGAUCAUUACGGAUCUCCCUUGGGGAAGGAGGGUUUUGACGCACAUGGCCGUCUCGAAGCUCUACCCGGCGCUCAUGCAAACAUUCUGCGACGUACUGAAGCCGGGUGCUUGCGCAGUUGUCAUGACGGCCGAGUGCAACACGCUCAAGCGCGCCACGAUGAGCUUCGAGGGAAAGCAGCGCAAAGCCGGCGAGGAGUGGUACCUUGCGCUCGAGCAAGUCGACGUGAAUGGAGUGCCAAGGGAAGCGCCCCCCGAGGAAGGUGGUAAGGCCGAGAACAGUCAGCUUCUCAGAUACGUGGAGUGCGGGUACGAUGUUUCUCUGGCUGUCCUGAGAAAGAGGCCCCUGGUGGGAUGAUGAGGUGGAUCUGUAAUUUACAUCACAUUUCGUUCUUCCAUUGCAUUGUCACUAUC